AUGGUUUAAUAUGAAGUAACUUCAGAAAAUAUUCAUAGAAGAAAGGAUAAUGAUGCUUAUUUCAGACUCAAUUAUCUAUAUUAAGCUUCAUUGUUGUUUUAAGAGUCGAAUAUAGGUUAUGCCUAAUUUAUGAAGAUAUAAAUGUAAAAGGUUGCUGAAAAGGGUCCAAUAAGAUUGACUCCACAAUUAAAACACACUCAUUGUAAAAAAUGUAAAUUCCCAAUCAUUUAGGGUGAGUUAAGAUUUAAGAAAAUAUGCAAUAAAUUAUUUAUCAUUAAGAGUUGUCCAAAUUGUAAAUUUAAAAGAAAAAUAUUUGUAAAAAAGUUAAACAUGUUGUAAUUGAUUUAAGAAUAGAAUUGAGAG